AAUAGACAGCGAAGGUUUGGAUGUCGGUUAGCAUCAACCUUGGCCUGUUGGCAAAUGCUGACGACAGAAAAAUAUUAAACGAUCAAAAAGGUUAUUUUUUAUUGUUAAAUAGGUUUCCCUUAUUUCUUAAGAGAAAUUUCUGUUGAAUUCUUCAAGGAGAUUAAAUUAAUUAUGGUUCACAAAUGCCGGUGGUUUACGUUUUGAUUGAAGUAAAUCGAUUGAUCAAGUUUCACUUCCGUGUACUUUCUUCAGCACUCAAUCUGUUAUGGCCGUUUCAAAAACAAACACCGACUCUAUAAGCUUAUUAUCGAGUGGGAGUAAUUCACCAACAUGGAGAAGUUGUAGUUAUUGUCUUAACAAAAUAUUCAAAACAUCAGCAGAAUUUACAAGACACUUGAGAGAUGAUCAUUGUAGUCAGGAAGGUGGCUCAUUUGUUUGUCGGUAUGGCUAUAAUGGAGUAUGUACAUCAUUACCAGUUGAAGGGGUGAGCGAUAGAGACUACGAAGACCAUGUAAUGAAACACCAUGCUAAAACACAGGAUGGAAAAGAUGCAGGCAUUUUGUGUGGGAUGACACCUUCUCCGCUUCAAGGGCAUCUCUAUAGAUUAAGCUUGCUGUCAGAUGGGCCAGCUUGGAAUGUCAAUGCAGCUUGCCAAAACAUGGCAGCAAUUUUAAAUGAUCCAAAAAAAGGGAAACAGAAGGAUUUCUUUACUAGAACAUGGGGGGAUGGAUUUGUAGAAAACACUACUAUUCCUGAAAGUCUCCUACUACCCAUUGUUGAUGAAGCUUAUUUCACACCAUACCUUAAGAAAAUUUCCAAAAGAUACAAAAAGUCUUCGAAAAAGUCCAGUGUAACAUUAGCAACUGAACAAAUUACAACAAGAUCAACACUGAAACCCAUUGAUGGAAAUGAGGGUGACUUGAGUGUUAUUCCACAAACUUUCUUGCAGCCUACAUUUAACCUAAGCCAACCAGAUACCUUUCACAAAGUUUUCCCCUUCAUCAAAGAGUCAGGAUUAUCGCACGUUUUGGGAACGGGGAAAACACUCCAAGAAAAACUGAGCUAUUAUUUGGACUUGAUAGAGAUGCAAAUAGCUCAUCAAAUUUCCCAUAAAUCGGAAGACUUCUUCCAGGCUGUUGCUUCGCAUGAUGCCGUACGGGAGGAAUUAGGCAAAGCGCUGACGGCGGUUAAAGCCUUAAGACUCAAAGUCAAUCAUGUUGAUGCUACGCAUGUUCAGGGGUCGUUGAAAGUAUUACAACGGCAAGUUGCUCGACAGAAUUAUGCAAUUGUUUAUCGUAAACUAAAACUAAUGGCGACUGUGCAUCAAACCCAGCCGACUAUACAGCUUCUCCUCUCUACUUCUGAUUUCGUCGGCGCGUUGGAUCUUAUUGGGACCACACAAGAGGUCGUACAACAAGAACUGAUGAGCAUUCACUGUUUCCGUUAUCUGAGCUCGCAGUUGAAAGAAAUGGAGAAUCUUAUCGAAAAUUUGCUUUCAAACGAGUUUGAACGCCUCACUACCGCCGAACUUAAUCGACCCCUCAAAGAAGAUGUAUUAGUUACAGAAGAAGAUAGAUUGACUGCUGUUCUCUACGGCAUGUUACGACAGAGGCGUUAUAACUUCAUUGAAUUAUUUAAAGAUGAAGGAUUGACCGCCAUGAAAGCCUUGAUGAAACAAACUAUUGUAGAAGCUCUUGCAGCCAACGACACCGACGUUGAAAGAGGUUCUAUGCUCUACGAGCAGCUCAAGCAUUUAAACUUUGUGUCAUGGACCAAUUUGAUGCAGCGAUGUAUGACAAGUUUGAAAGCUCUGCUCAACCGCAUUCGUGCCAUUCAUGACAUCAUGGCCCUUGUACUUGCCACGGAAACAAGCCGUCAAGAAGAGGUUGUGGUAACUGAAGAUGAUAGACAGAGACUACAGCAGUCAUUAAAAGAAAUGAUACAGUCACUUUGUGAUUCUGCACAUGAUCAGUGCGGACGUCUUUUAUCAUCGCGUACCAAAGAUGGUGCUUUAUUAGAAAGGGUUUCUUCCCAGGAAUUUGUGGCUCUGGCAAAACUUAUAGAGACUUUCGUGUUGGAUUGUCACAAUAUAAGUGGACACAAAUCCAUGGGUUUGAGAUUAGCAUUUCAGGGUCAAGCUACGCGUUUCGUUCAAAAAUUCCACGAAGAACGUCGUUCUAAAUUGGGUGCUGUCUUGGACAGUGAACGCUGGAGGCAGGCCGAAAUAACACCGGAUAUCCAAGCAAAUGUUGACACCUUUUUCCGUUCACCUAGACCUAGUGAUGCUACUGCCGCCCCAUUCAAAAGCCACCCUGUUUCAGAAACGAUUAUAGUAAGAGGCGAGUCGUACGUGGUGGUGGGUGCAGCCUUAUUCUUUCUUCCUCAAUUGUUGGAGUACUGCAAUUGCGUGGACAAUCUUCCGACAGCUGCGCCAGAUUUGCUCACUCGUUUGGUGGAGUUAUUAAAAACCUUUAAUUCCCGCACUUGUCAAUUAGUGCUAGGAGCUGGUGCUCUUCCUUUAGUUGGUCUAAAGACUAUUUCAAGUCGUAAUUUAGCACUUGCGUCACGCAGUCUGCAGCUGAUUGCUUUAUUCAUUCCAUUACUCAAGGCCCACUUUGAAGAGAGGCUUGCACCUAAGCAGAAGACAAUGAUCAAACAUUUUGAUCAAGCUCUUAAGGACUUCACCGAUCACAUAGCGGAAAUUGAAAAUAAACUUCUCACUCUCUUAAGUGAAAUGGCUGAAAGUUACCUUUCUUCUUGGGAAAUCAAGCCUCCUGUCCCUUCCGUUGCCUUUCGAGCGAUUAGCAAACAAAUGGCGAAACUUCACGAAGCUAUCAAUCCCAUCUGGCCCAGCAACGAUGUCCAAAAUUUUUAUAGUAAAUUUAAUGCCUCCCUAAAAAAAUCAUUGCAACAUCAUAUCUCCAAGCAUGGUGUUCAAAAUAACGGAGGCCCACAGCAUGGAUUGGUGACGUCUGAGCUGAUAUUUUACGUUUCGAGUCUCAAAUCUCUGAAUGUCUUACGCGAUGAUGAGACAGUGGAAGUAUUUUCGAAAGAUUUAUGGAACGUUCCGCGAUGAUUCGAUCUCGACUGGAGUUUCAACUUCUUGCUCGUCACACCCUUCUGCUGCGAUAGACCAAAUGAAGCGACUUGACUUGGACUUUUUUAUUCUUAGCCAGUUCGCUUAUUGAUCGAAUCUUUCAAUGAGUGCAGCUUAGAGCACAGACAAAAGAGCAAGCUAACGCAUUUCUAGUCGUCUCUAUUUUAUUUGUUGUUUUGUUUUUGGCAACUCAAUGUAAAAAUCAAUUUGAUUCUUUACGUUGCACGAAAAACAUAUUUCCAUACAAGUUGCCAAUCGCGAACUAUCAUUGCCAGGCUGGAAAUAUUUUCUGCCGGUUGACUGGCUUAUGGGCUUGUGGCAGUAAAAGUUAUGUUGCAAGUCACUUGAUUUGUAGUUUUACAUAGUUAGUUGGGGUUGCAAAGAGAGACGAUUAUAUCAUGUAUAAAAAAAUAUACGCAUCGAUGAAUUAAACAUCGAUGUAAAAGAAAAA